AUGGCUACGAGGCAAGCGGCGGUGCUGGCAGCCAAGCCAGCGCCACGGUACGCCUCGGGCGCGCCAUCGCGGGUCGCUCUCAAAAUGGCAGCAGCGGCCCAGCCAUACAGAAACAAGGGCCAGCAGCCAGGACAGCCAGCCCGCAUCCCGCAGACCACCGACCGGAGGCACGGGCCACUAGCUCGGCUGGUCGAGCCGGUGGGCCGUGUGUUUGCGGCGGCUGCUGCGGCUGCUGCUGCGGUUGCAGCCGCAGCUGCAGCGUCACCAGCGCCUGCAGUUGCAGCGGCGGCGGCAGCGCCCGUCGUAGCGGUCUUUGCCAGCUCAGCAGAUACGCCGCUCCAGCAGGACGCAUGGCUCCUGCAGGAAUAUCUGCUGCAGCAGGCUGGCGACGGAUGGAUCCCCAUCUUGCCCGGCAGCGGGCAGCCGCGGCGCAUUGCCACUUCGUUUGGCAACUUCAGCCCAGCUGCCCUCAACGUGCCGGCGCAAGUCAUCCGUAAGCUGCUGCCGCUUGGCAACAAGCUGCUGGUGCUGCGAGCCGUGCGGCUGGUGGCCAGGCCCGGUGACGAUGCGGCGCUCGCUGCUGUGGCAGCCCUGCAGGCGGAGCUUGCGGGCACUCACACCGCGUCGCUCAAGCUGCGCUGGAACAAGAACAAGGACGGCGGGGAGCACCGCAUCCACAUGCCCAAGACGGCGCCGCUCUGCGGCGCGCUGGUGGCCCUGCGGCACGGCGGGUGCGGGCUGACCCGCAUGCGCUGGGGCGCUGGCCCCCAUGAGCUGGAGAUCGAGGUCGCGCGCAUGGGCUGGUUCACGUAA